UGUGUCAGCAGCUUUGUCUCCUUUGGGAAGUCACUUGAACUCUGUGCUUUCCUCGUUUCCCUGCCUUUUCUUCUGCUCUGUUUUAUUCUGAGGACUUUGUUCCUGCUAGGAUGUUCAUACAGUCACUCUUUGGAGUGUAUAGCGUGGUUGCUACUUCUGGGUGUUGCAGUAAUAUAGACUAUACUGAUGUAAUGGAGGAUAAAACCCAGGGAAAUCUACUGAAAGGCUACUUUGAAUAAUGGGACUAUGAAUACAACAGAAAGGAAAUGGGCAUACCUAGAGACAGAGAGGAUACCCAUCAGGACUUAAGUGAAAGACAAAUGGCCUAAAAUGCAGAAUAAUAAUAAAAAAAAUAGAGAUCAAAGGAAAUGUGUACAUAUGAAUGAGAGAAACCUCAAAUGCAGUAAAUCUUGUUUGUAAGAGAUGGAGCAGAAAGAAAACCUGCUGUUCCUUACCCAUGGAAAGACAAGUUGCAUUGUGAGUUUGUUAGAUACCAACAGGUCUCCAUGGACAGGGGGGCACCAUGAGAUGCAGGUCUUUAAGAAAUAUGGUUUAUUACCUCUGCUAUCUGAUCAACAGUUGUGGGUUUUUUUUGGUAGUUUUCAUCCAGAAUUCCUAUGUGAUGAUCUGGCCCUGCCAUUUCUUAUGAUGGUAUCAUCUUUACCAGCUAUUUAACAUGGAUUACAGAGAAGCCAGAUCCUGCAAUAAGAGCUUAUUUCCUCAGAGUGGCAUAACAGGACAAGAAAAGUGAGCCUUUCUGAUGCCAGCCACUGGAUUGAGUUUGUCCAAGAACAGCUUGCUUAUGGCAUGGGAGGGACAGCAGAUCAUACAGCUUUCCCUCAGGAAUGCCCUCAGGACUUAGUUCUGCAUUUUCAGUCUGAAACUGUGGGUUAUUGUGUCUGUGGAGUGCUUCUAAAGGUUUGAGGGGCAGUAACUGAGAAAAGUCAAGCCUGUUCAAGGAAGCUCAAGCAUUUUACAAUUAAGUUUUGUCCUCAUGAGAGCAAUUUAGGAGUCUGCUAGCUGAGGAAAUGUGAAAGCCAGGAAUAUAACUAAGUUUAAAAUUAAGGACUAGACACAAGCCCAGGAUCACAGGAAGUCCUUCCAUGAACCAUACCAAGUCUCUGAUCCAUUUCCAACCACUCAGUUUAAUUUACUGAACUACACACUCAUAGUGCCAUGCUAACUUCAGUCCUCAGCCUCUAGGCACUCUGAAUUAGGCCUGCAAAAGCAGGAUUCUGCUUUUGCAGGAAUCUGCUUUGCAAAAUAAUAUUUGGAGAUUCUUGCUGCAUCCCUCAUGACUCUAAAGUGAGUGGAGAUGCUUCAUGUUCCAGGUCAAAUAUCUGUAAACACUUCAGAGAUAAUACUAAUAGCCAGCCUGAAAGGUUCUACUUAGAAAUAGGAUUCCAACAGCUAAAGCCUUUGUGAGGAAGCAACAAAUAGGACAAGAACUGGGAUUAAUUGAAGACUAGAGCAUAAGUAAAUCUGUAUGUCCCAACAUUGUAGCGUCAGUUGCUAGUUUUCAUCUUAGGAGGAGACUGGUAGUUCAGAGAGAAAUCGGAUUUCUCUGGUGCAGUAUGUGCAAUAAGAGGUGGGUGUUGCUCCAAAGGGGUUACGGGCAAGAAUAGCUGUAGUGGAAAGGGGACAGAGUCAGCAUAGCAAGGGUCACGGACACUGCUGCAGAGGGCUGAAUUCAGGUUGCCUGCUGGGUACCCUUUUGAUCCUCUCAGGAAGGCUGCCGGCAUUACACACCCAGAGUAAGGAGAUGAGCUGUGUGCAUAACAUUUCAACAGUUUUUAUCAGUCAUGCCUUUCAGUUAAGGCGCAGGUGUGCCCUCUGCCUCCUCUGGAAUUCUUUCUCCCUCCACUCCCUCCGGUAAUCAGCCCCUUGCAACCAUCCCUGUCGGCCAUGUCUGGGUUAGAAACAGCAGAUACCUCACUUUCAAGUGUUUGUGUAUAAAUAUAAGUUCCUGUGGAGAAGUGUGUAGGUAUCAGGUAUUUCUGUGUUAAUACAAAUGUGUAUCUAUAGCAUAUACGAAUUACAUAUACAAGAACGGGUAGUUACUAGGUCUGUAUCAGGUGGGUAAGCACGGUCUCUGCUCUGAGCUAACAGAACGUGGCUUUUGGAGUAAACGUCUGCAAAGAGCAAGAAGCGCACAAAGUGUUCCCCAGCUUCAGGAAGCCCCGAGCGGGCAGACUGGACUGUUCCCUGAUCGGUACACACGGCUCCGUAGGGACGUCUCGGUAAGGCUGGAAGCAAGUCACGAUCUCAGCUGCGGGAUGCCUGCCGCAGCUCCGCGCCAGAGGGACGAGGGAUGCGGCCACUCGGCGAGCCUCCCAGAUCCUCGGGGUUCCCAGCUGCCGUGACGCAUUUCUCUUUCUGUCUGCCCGCUGGCCUCAUGCAGUCAAUGUAGUCUCCGUCAGGAUAGCACCAGCACAGUUGUAAAAAAAAAAACCAAAACCAAAAACCACGCCAUAAAACCGCAAAGCGCGCUAUUAUGCAAACAGCUGUAGGAAUCAGUGUCAGGGGCGGAUUUAUUUUUGGGAAUUGGGUGAGGUCCUGCAGUGAGGGUUUGCAGAAGAGCAGUCGGGUGGCGUGGAAGUGAUGGCGCUCUCACAGCAAUUAGUCCUCCGCCUUGCCUGUGCAGGCCUCGGGGACCCCGGUCAGAGCCGAGCCCUUCCCCCGCCCCGCGGCUGGGCGGAGGGAGGCGCGCACCGCACCGCCCCCGCCCCGCGCCCGCCGCCCCUCCGCGCUCCAAGUGGGUGCACUAACUGAAAGUUAGAAAAAAGCAGCGAAACACCCCAAACCCCCUCAGAUCCGGACACAGGGGGACGGCGGCGGUGAGGCGGGAGCGAGUUAUCUCGGGCAGUCACCAUGAAGAGCAAUAAGGAUAAAGUGGGAAAGCCCAGCAGUGAAGAGUGAAGACUUUGGACAAGCUGACCUUCCUAAUGCCUAGAUGUAGCUGCUCUGACAGGCCUGGUAGUGCAGCAUGAUUAGGAUGAGAAGGAAGAUAAUUUGGGCAUCUUGCUUCUGCUUUGCAGCUGCCUUUUUCCUUGUGCUGACACUCCAGGUUAUCACCGAACUGGGCAAUUCAGAGAAUAAGGUGUCAGUAAUCUCUGGUGUGCACAGCAAUCCAUUAAAGCCUGGGGAGAGCCAUGCUUUUCAGUUUAAGAAGCAGGAGCUUCACAGCAGCUUCGAGACAGAGUCUGAUGUAAAUCACUAUCCUGUCCUGCUCUGGUGGUCUCCCCUCACUGGAGAGACAGGGAGAUUCAGUCAGUGUGGAGAGGAUAUUUGCUUCUUUACUAUCAACAAGACCUACCAGCACAAUGAAAUGACAAGGGCAUUUCUGUUCUAUGGUACUGACUUCAGCAUAGACAGUUUACCUCUCCCUCGCAAAGAAUAUCAUGACUGGGCCCUUUUUCAUGAAGAGUCACCAAAAAACAACUACAAACUCUUUCACGAAGCAUCCAUUACCUUAUUCAACCACACCGCAACAUUUAGCCGCCACUCUCACCUGCCACUGACCACUCAGUACCUUGAGGGUGUAGAGGCCCUGAAGUCAUUGAGGUUCAUGAUCCCAGUGCAGAUGAAAAACAGCCUGAGGAAAAGGCUUGCACCGGUUGUGUAUGUGCAGUCGGACUGCAACCCGCCUUCUGACCGGGACAGCUACGUGCGUGAGCUGAUGUGCCACAUUGAAGUAGAUUCUUAUGGGGAAUGUUUGCAUAAUAGAGACCUUCCUCAGCAUCUCAGAAAUCCAUCUGCCAUGGAUGAUGGAAACUUUUUAAAAAUACUUGCACAGUACAAGUUCAUUCUUGCUUUUGAAAAUGCUAUUUGUGAAGAUUACAUCACUGAAAAACUCUGGCGGCCACUGAAGUUGGGAGUGGUGCCAGUGUACUUUGGGUCUCCCAGCAUUGUAGACUGGCUUCCUAGUAACAAGAGUGCAAUCUUGGUAUCCAGUUUUUCACACCCUCGGGAUCUGGCCCGCUAUAUCAAAACACUGGAUACAAAUGAUGAAGAAUAUGAGUCCUACCUACAGUGGAAACUGAAAGGGGACAUUUCCAACCCAAGACUGCUUAGAGCAAUGAAGGAACGCAAGUGGGGAGUGCAAGAUGUCACUCAGGACAAUUACAUUGACACCUUUGAGUGCAUGGUUUGUAACAGAGUGUGGGAAAACAUCAGACGGAAAGAAAAGGGAUGGCUGCCCCAGAGGUGGGAGGCUCAGGUUAAUCAUCUGAGCUGCCCCAAACCAGAGGCAUUCUGGUUCUCAUCUUCAAACCCUGGCUGGAUUUCUCUCCAAAAGAUGUGGAUACCAAGCUUCGAGCAAUCCAAGAAAGAAGCCUGGGCACUGAGGCAUCUGGUGGAAAAAAACAAGAAUUUUACAGCUGAAGAAUUUUGGAUGCUUGUAUUCAAAGAGUAAACACGGUGGACCUGUGAAACAGAGUGAGCUCCUUAGAGGAGUUCUGUGGAAUUUUCUUUUGCAGGUGACCUUAUAAUUUAGGAUUAGUAACCAUGGGAAGUAGACCCAUGGGACUGAAUUUAGUAUAUUCAGUACUGAAGGGGCACUAAAAAGUGCUAAACAGUAAAAUCAUUCUGCCAGGUAAUAUAUGCAUAUAUAUAUAUGCAUAUAUUUGUAUUUAGAAUGAUUUAUAUUAAUUGUCAUUUGUUCAAAUGUUUGAACAUUAAGACCCUGAUUGUCAGGAUUCUCAAAGCCCACACUUAAGCGCACAGCUAAUUACCCUGAAACAGAUGGCUCUCCCUCCAUAUUUAGAUACACACUUGCUUGGUCUCAAAACCCCUUUUUCCCCACUCCAGGACCCUCCUUUGCUAUACUGAUACCUACAGGGUACAAAGCAGCUGACGCCAUUGCACAGGUACAACGUCUUUGAUGCUUUGGAGGUAGACUAAAAACUUGGGACUGUGUCUCUGGCUAGCUGUUUAUUAUCAAAUUUCCUGGCAUCAGCAGAUUUAAGCUGGGACUUGGCGGGCUUUGUGUCCUGACACUGAGUGCCAAUGUAACGUACAUUAGUGGCUGGCACGAGGAAGCACCAUCUGUUGGUGUCCGGGGACAGAUUGAGUGAAAAACGGGCUGGCUCAGAUUUACCCACCAUCUUUUGCUAAAAAUAAGCAGAGCACAUGAAUAUCUCUACUCCCCAGAAAUAGGGUUGGCUUUGAUCUGACUUAUCUUCUUGCCUUUCUGAUGAUGUAUUUGUAUUCUGAUGAUAGUAUUUGUAUCCUGUAUAAACAUGAAAUUAUAUGAUUAAAAGGGCAGGGAAAAUACAGAGUCUGUUGGUGCUGAAGUCUUCAGUAGGCCCAAGGAGAAGUAGGCAGCCUUCCUGUUGUAACACACAAAACCCAAAAUUACUUAGGAAGAAUAAAACUUGGUGGUCUUAGUCAUCACUUGCCAAAGGACACACCUUUGCCUGGUAUUUAGACUGCUGCAGUUUUCUUCCCAAGUUCUUUCAACCUCAAUCUGUGAAGGAGUGAACUUUCACAGGAUCUGAAAAAUGGCAGUAACUGGAGCUAUUCAGAUGAGUGACACUCAUUCAUGCACAUGUCCACAUAUGGUGAGACAGGGCAAAUGGAAUUCCUAAUCCAGGGUUCUUCACAUUGCUGGAAAGGCAGAUUUUCACCUGUCUGAUAAUUUCCAUGGAAUUGUUUCUUGUUUAAAAAUUUCUGUCAAACAGCUAGCUGUUUUCUGAAGGGGUAUCCAAAUAGUGGCAAUGAAGAAAUUCAGCUGCGAAAUUUACUUAUAUUGGAAAGGUUUCCUCACCAUAAAUUUCCUCAAGAAAUAACUGGUGAAUUUUUAAUUAUUUUUAAAUCUGUCAAAGGAGAGAUGAGUUUUGUGGCCAUGAACAAUAGAGUACUGGUAAUUAGUAUCAGUCAGUGUUUCUAUGAGAAUAUAUUUUCUGAUUAAGAAAAAUAUUCCCACUGAAAUUUCUCACCACUAGUGUUUUGCUAGUGUGACACACAACGUCUGUUGGGCAUGUAUUAAACACUUUCCCCAGUGGUCUGCAGAGCAAGUGAUGACUAGGCUCCACAAAUGAAGCUCUUCAGGACAGUGACAUUAACACUGGACUUACAGGCUUCCCUAGAGUAGGACUGAAAGCUAGACAUAAACCCCAAAACAUUUGCAAAGGGAACUGCUGAAUGCCCAUCUGUUGCCAUGAAUCUCUGUUUCACCUCCCAGGAUGAUAAAGAAACAUGAAGGACUAAGUAAAUUUUGUUGUUAUUUUUGUUA